AUCGUCAACUUAAUUAGUUUGUCAUUCGAGGCAUUAAGCUUGCAAGCUAAUAAUAAGAGCUGCAGAAGAAACUAAUAAGGUGGAGGAUCCAAUAAUGGUGGUGUUUUCCACAAUUGAGAGAGCUAUGUCUGUGAAGAUACAGAUACUCCUCUUUUUAUUCUUCACAUUAUCACUAUUAUGUGGCUCCACUCCCAUAGAAGCAAUCUCAAAACACUUAGAUCCGUCUCCAUCUUUUCCAAGCAACUUUCUCUUUGGCACUGCUUCCUCUUCCUACCAGUACGAAGGUGCUUACUUGAGUGAUGGCAAAGGAAUCAGCAACUGGGAUGUCUUCUCUCACAAACCAGGUAAUAUUGUUGAUGGAAGCAAUGGUGAUGUUGCGGUUGAUCAGUACCAUCGCUAUCUGGAAGAUAUAGAUCUAAUGGAAGCUAUCGGAGUCAAUAGUUACCGGUUUUCAAUUUCAUGGGCAAGAAUUCUACCAAAAGGUAGAUUUGGAAAAAUCAACUUGGCGGGUAUCAACUACUACAACAGACUUAUAGAUGCAUUGCUACUCAAAGGUAUCCAACCCUUUGUAACAUUGUCUCACUUUGACUUCCCUCAAGAGCUUGAGGACAGAUAUGGCAGUUGGCUAAGUUCCCAGUCACAGGAAGAUUUUCAGAUGUUUGCGGACAUAUGUUUUAAAUCAUUUGGAGAUAGAGUGAAGUAUUGGAUUACUUUCAAUGAACCAAAUCUUGAGAUCCCAUUUAGUUACCGUAGUGGAAUAUACCCACCAUGUCGUUGCUCUGCUCCUUUUGGGAAUUGCACUGAUGGAGAUUCAGAGAAGGAACCUUUUCUUGCAGCCCAUAAUAUCAUACUGUCACAUGCUGCUGCUGUUGAUAUUUACAGAACCAAAUACCAGAGUAAGCAAGGGGGGAAAAUUGGCAUUGUCGUGCAUAUUGACUGGUUUGAGCCUUUCAGCAAUUCCACAGCAGAUCAAUUAGCAACAAAAAGAGCUCAAGCAUUCACCAUAAAUUGGAUUUUAGACCCAGUUAUAUUGGGAAAGUACCCAAGAGAGAUGGAAAAGAUUCUAGGACCCAUCUUACCAAAAUUUUCAAGCAUUGAGAAAGAAAAACUCAAGAGAGGAGUGGAUUUCAUUGGCAUCAAUCACUACUCAAGUUACUAUGUCCGAGACUGCUCAUCGCCGGCAUGCCAAGAACAGCCCAGAACCUCCAGAACAGAAGGUUUAUAUCAACAAACAGCAGAGAGAAAUGGUGUCCCACUUGGAGAGCUUACUCCAUUUGAAUGGCUGGUUGUUUACCCACAAGGCAUGAAGAACACUCUUAUCUAUCUUAAAGACAGAUACAACAACACUCCAAUGUUCAUUACAGAAAAUGGCUAUGGCUAUUCCUAUGAUUCAAAUCCCCUGGAGGAAGAUUAUCGAAGCGAUAUUACCAGAAUAAACUACAUGUCAGGUCACUUAGAAAAUCUAGCUGCAGCAAUAAGGGAAGGAGCAGAUGUUAGAGGUUACUUUGCAUGGUCUUUGCUAGACAACUUCGAAUGGAAAUAUGGACAGUCAGUGAGAUUUGGACUAUACCAUGUUGAUUAUGAGACACUGAAAAGGACUCCAAGAUCAUCUGCAACUUGGUACAAGAAUUUCAUUGCAAAUCAUAAAACCCAGAGCAUUGUGCCUGGAUCAUAUGAUGAUGAUCACAAAGAUAAAGAAUUCCAGUCAAAUAUAAAGAUUAUUAGACCAAGCUUGAACCGUGAGGCCAGUGCCUAGAAUGAAAACAUUUUACACUUGGAUUAAA